UCCCAUCCCACCGACAAGAUACUGACAAAUGGAGGCCUUCGCUUCCAAGCAAGGAACCAAAAGAUCUAAUCCACACAAUUCCCACGCUUUUCAUUAUUCCCCCAAUUCUUUAGCCAUUUAAACCUCCCCAACCUUACCAGAAAACUCCAAUCCUCCCAUCCUCAUCUCCACCAUUUUCUCUCUGAAUUUUCUGACAUUUUCUUUUUCCCCUGAUGGGUAUCAAAGGUUUCACCAUUUCUUUCAUGCUACUCGCAAUACUAUUCUCUUUUCUAUACAUUCCGACAAAACUAACCCUGCCCAUCUCAAACUUUCGGCCUAUUAUGAACUACCUGAAUGUACAAAAAUCCAACAAGCCAUAUCCGGCGACGUUCGCCUACGUGAUCUCAGCGUCGAAAGGCGACACCGGGAGGCUAAAACGUCUGCUACUCGCAUUGUAUCAUCCGGGGAAUUACUAUUUAAUUCACAUGGAUUAUGGUGCGCCGGCGACGGAGCAUAGGGAGUUAGCCAAGUUUGUGGCCCGGAACCCGGUUUUCAGUGAAGUGGGUAAUGUCUGGGUCUUUAAGAAGCCUAACUUGGUGACGUAUAGAGGACCAACCAUGCUUGCCACCACUCUCCACGCAAUGGCAAUGCUCUUGAGGACCUGCAAUUGGGAUUGGUUCAUAAAUCUUAGUGCUUCUGACUAUCCCUUAAUCACUCAAGAUGAUCUAAUUGAUGCCUUCUCGGACUUGCCCAGAAAUCUGAAUUUCAUACAGCACAGCGGUCACUUGGGUUGGAAACUGAAUAAGAGAGGGAAGCCAAUUUUAAUAGACCCAGCGCUGUAUAGCCGCAAUAAGUCUGACAUUUGGUGGGUUAUUAAACAGAGGACCGUCCCAACAGCUUUCAAGCUCUAUACAGGUUCAGCAUGGACAAUCCUGUCAAGAUCUUUCACCGAGUAUUGCAUAGUGGGGUGGGACAAUUUGCCAAGGACCCUUCUCCUCUACUACACCAACUUUGUCUCAUCUCCGGAGGGAUACUUCCAGACAGCUAUAUGCAAUUCUGAAGACUACAAGAACACUACAGUUAAUCAUGAUCUCCACUACAUCACAUGGGAUAAUCCUCCCAAGCAGCACCCCAGGUCCCUCGGACUUAAAGAUUAUAGGAGCAUUGUUUUGAGCAACCGCCCCUUUGCCAGGAAGUUCAAGAAAAAUGACAGAGUUCUUGACAAAAUUGAUCGCCAGCUUCUCAAAAGACAGCAGAGACAGUUCAACUAUGGCGGCUGGUGUUCUGGGAGUGGAAACAUAAAUAAUACAUGCUCAGCUUUUCAAAGUGAGAAUUAUGGUGUUUUGAGGCCUGGAGCUGGGGCUAGAAGGUUGAAAACUUUGCUGUCCAGAAUUCUUUCCGAGAGGAAUUUCCACAGGCAGCAAUGUAGAUGAUUCAUUCUUUCAUGAAAAUAUAAUAAAAUGUCCCUGAUAAUAAUAUAAAUAUCGGUUCAUCUUUUCAAGUUUUUGGGUUUUUUUAUUUUUUAUUUUUAUUUCAUUUGGCUAGGUUAGUUUUAGUUAAAAAUUUGUUAAAAUGCACAAUGUGAUGGCUAUAAGCUGCUAUGAAAUCUUCAUAGUGUAAUGUUUCAUUUUUGAAGAAAGAGCAUGUAGUGAUUUUGGCUUGUGCCUAUUAUUUCUAUUGGGAUUGAUACUUCA